AUGCAACAUGUUGAGCAGUCUGCAGCACCAACCUUUUUGAGGAGUUUCCUCAGCUCCUUGGGAUUUGCUCUGCAUGUGGUUGGUUUGAUCGGUGCCAAGCGAGUUUUGGAUUCCAGGCGCAUCAAGGGCCUAGCAGACAAGUGUUACCUUCAGAAGAAAAAGACGAGAUCGAGGUUGCCUCUAUCGGUUGCAGAACUGACAACACUGGAAGAAAUCGUUCUUGGCUACCGAGGACGUGGAAUCCCAGACAGACAUGCAGCUGGAUGUUUCCUUUUCAUGGUGUACGCACGCACCAGGUUUUCGGACAUGCUCAACGUUGGGCGUUUGGAUUUCGAAGCUGGUGAAAAUGAAGAGGGAUACAUAGAGGCGCAGGUUGCCAGGUCCAAAACCUCCUUUUCUGUCGACAGAAAGGUCCGUUUGCUUCCUAUGACAGCUGCAAUGCAUGGCGUCACUGCAGAACCUUGGGGAAGUGCAUGGAAAGCGGUGCUAGAGAAGACCGGCAUCGCCAUCACACAUGGAAAGCCGCUACUUCCUGGGAGGACUCCUGAUGGCUGGCACACUUUACCAUUGACUGCGGAGGCGGCAACGAGCUGGCUUCGUAGUAUGUUGCAGUCAGGGGAUCGAUUCCAAGAGGAGAGAACCAAGUCCAUAGGGACGCAUUCAUGCAAGUCCACCAUUUUGUCGUGGAUGGCGAAGUGGGGCUCUUCACCGGAUCUCAGGAGACUGAUGGGGUACCACGUCGCUGACAAGAUGUCAACGAUGCUCAUAUACGGUAAAGACAACACCAGUGCAGGGCUUCGCGAAAUCGAUGUGAUUCUUGAGGCGAUCAGGCAGGGUGAAUUUUUGCCCGAUGCAAAGCGAUCUGAGAUGUUUCCCAAUGCCGAUGAUGCUGCAAAGCUUCUGGAGAGCCAAGACCAAAGCGGUUUUGAUGGCUACUGUUCUGGAAGCUCUUCAGAGGACUCUGCAGAUGAGGACCAACCUGACCACCUGGCUCAUGAGACAGCAGAGAAUGCGAUCCUCGGCAAGUGGGACGCGGGUGUGGACGUCGACAAGCUGCCCGAAGAGGCAGUUUAUUUCAGGGCUGCCUCAGCGGGACUGAGCGAGGAGAUUCGGACCAGUUUGGAUGGCGUCAAGCGCAUCACAGGUCUGACGUUGCGUGGGCCCUUGGAACCAAGUGAUGGCCUUGUCGAUUUGUUCUGUGCGAUGUAUGAGGCAAACAGGCUUCGAUUUGUGCCUUGGGAAAAGUACACGGCAAAAGAAGCAGAGAUCGACAAGGAAGUGCGCACAGAGCAUUUGUUUGCUGUGGACUCAAGUGGCAAGCUUAAAGUUGAAGGCAAAAAGCCGGACCCUGUAGCAGACACCUCAACGGAGAUUUUGCUUCAGUAUGCGCUCCAGCGUAGAGGGUUGAGCAUGGAUCAGGCCAAUUUGUUGGAGUUCAGGACCCACCAAUUAUGGGUCGACCGCUUGCUCAAAGUGAGAUUGCAAGUGCCUCCUGCAGGUUAUUCAAGAACCUCCUUCCGUCAGGUGCUCGAAGCUGACAAAAAGCUCUUUGAGGAGCUUGCCAAUGCCACGAGGCACGGUGUGCAGGCCACAGUCAAUGGUAGGCCUCUUGACCUAGUCUUUGAAGACUGCAUGAACAAACCAGAAGUUGUUCACUUGCUUCAGCCUUUGAUGGGUAAGAGCACGGACUACAAGAGUGAGGAUAAGCCUGCCCCGAACAGGAAGGUGAGCUGCAACGAGCAGAAUCACCUAGGCGACCUUUCCACUUUCACGCAGCUCCACCAUGCGGUACAGCUUCGAGAGCUAGAGAUGUGCAGACAGUUCGAACACCUGUCCAUGAUGAACCUCUUCUUUCAGAUAAGCGGAUUCUACUUGAAGCAUUUGCGGGCGUGCCAGCCGGCAGCAAGCUUCUCAGAUUUGCUAAAGCGAAAAGGGGGAAUGCUGGAGAUGUACUGUGUCUUUGAGAGUCGUUUCGACUUCACUUUGGCUUCUGGCGAAAAGCUGUGUGGGAGCGUUGACGCCGAAUGGAAACAGAUGCCUGAAGAUCACACUUCCGCUGCAAUCAGGGCUUUGACAUCGAUGCUUGGGUUCGAGUGCUCUCUAGACAAAGAGCUACCUUUUGCGGAGACAGCAGAAAUGCUUGGAGUCGUGCUCGACCUGCAACAUGCCAGUGCUGGUACAAUCAAGGUAGCGAACAAGCCGAGCAGGAUGGACGAACUUAAGUCCACUGUGCAACAUAUCAUUGCUUCAGGCAGGGUUGUUACCAAAGACUUGCCAUCGCUUUUUGGAAGGGCUUUGUUUGUGGAAAGCCAAUUCAUGGGAAGAGAAGGACGGCUGGCCUUGUCGGAGCUGAGAGUCAUGGAACGCAGCAAAUCACAAUUUGUUGAACUUUCAGCUGCACGGAUGGAUGCUCUUAAGAACUUGCUUACGAGGUACCAUAAAGCAGUGCCGAGGUCUUUGAAGAUUGAAAGCACUUCCAUGCCGCUUGUUUUGUUCACUGAUGGUGCCUGUGAACCCGUUGGCGAUGACAUUUCAUGCACAGUGGGUGGAGUCAUGUUUGAUCCGAGAGGUGGCGGUCAAGUUGAAGUUUUCGGAGCACAUGUCAGUUCCGAAGUUGUAGAGUCAUGGAAGCGAGCUGGAAAGAAACAUCCGGUUGCGUUGACUGAGUUGUAUGCCGUAUGUGUUGCACGGCACUUGUGGAAAGACAGGAUGGACGAUUACAAGUGUGUGGUGUUUAUAGAUAACCAAGGCGAUGUGGAUGCUCUUAUCAAAGGAUAUAGUUCAGAAGAUACGAUGAAGUCCCUUCUGAUCCUGCUCGAAAAGCUGGAUGGUGACAAGCCGUUUUUGCCUUGGUUUUGCAGAGUUCCCUCUCAGUCGAACAUCUCGGAUUUGCCUUCCAGAGGUAGGUGGAAAGAGUUGCGUGAGAUUUUGCCAGAUUAUGUCUUUGUAGAAGCAGUUUGUCCGUUUGAUUCCAAGAAACUCCAUACCGUUUUGCAAGAGGAAAAGCAUGGCUGA